AAACCCGGACGAGGAAACACCAAAAUGGCGUUUGACGAAGAGGAAGGUAUUGUUGUUGUCUUAAUAUGUGAUUUUAAUCCACGCGUACACGUACACACAUAUGUCGUGUAAUAUAGUAAACAUAUUUAAUAAUUGUUUGUAUCUGGACACAAUAAUCCAAGCGCACUUUGACGCGUCUCGGGUUAGCUUAGUAUGCUAGCUGUUAGCACAUAGCCGUAGAAGUUGUCAACACAUUGUUAAGCGGAGAUAAAGUGUGAAAAUGGAACUUUCUCCAACAAAAGAGGAGAACGAGCGACAACAUCAAGUACUGGGCAUUGUUUUCAAGAAGCAUAGCAGAGCAGAUGUCAGUGAAGAAUAUCUUCACAAAGAGCAACAGGGGUGGAGAUCUAGAAUGGAGCAGAAGGAGCUGCAGACCUCCUACAUUAAAAAGGAAGAAGAGGAGCAGCAGCCUCCCCACUUUAAAGAAGUACAGAAGGAACCACGUCACAUCCACAUUAAAGAGGAAGCAGAGGAGCCACAGCCCUUCCAAAUUAAAGAGGAAGUAGAGGAGCUACAGCCCUUCCAAAUUAAAGAAGAGGAGGACGAUUACAGAAUCAGCCAGGAAGGAGAGUAUCUUCAAGGAGUGGAGGAGUUCCCUGUGAUGUCUGUUACUGUCAAGAGUGAAUAUGAUGAAGGUGAGAUGAGCGAAUCGGAACCUCCAAGCGGCAGCUCGGCUCAACACAAAACAACAGAAGCUGAGGAUGGAGACCACUGUGGAAGAUCACAAGCACACAGCCUCAUCGCUCCGCUCUCAGAUAGUGACGACACAACGUCACACUCUCCCGACACGGACGACGAAGACUCUAAAGCUGAUAAAACAUGUCGUACUUACAACACACAUUUUAAAUGCUCUCAAUGUAGUAAAACUUUUAAUGACCGUAGUAAUCUGAAAAUGCAUAUGAGAAUACACACAGGAGAGAAACCAUUCACUUGUUUGGUGUGUGGUAAAAGUUUUACUCAGAAAUCAAGUCUGACAGCACACACGAGGACACACACUGGAGAGAAACCCUUCAGUUGCUCAGUUUGCGGUAUAACAUUCUCACAAAAGUUUUCAAUUGUGUCGCACAUGAGAACGCACACCGGAGAAAAACCUUUUUGUUGUUCCGUUUGUGGUAAACAAUUCUCUCACAAUAGCAGUAUGGUAAAACACAUGAGAACGCACACAGGAGAGAAACCUUUUAGUUGUUCAGUUUGCGGUAAAAGCUUCACUGUGAAGGUAAACAUGGUGUCGCACAUGAGAACGCACACCGGAGAAAAACCUUUUAGGUGCUCAGUUUGCGGGGAACGGUUCUCCCGAAAGUCAAACAUGGCAUCACAUAUGAUAACACACACAGGAGAAAAACCUUUCAGUUGCUCAGCUUGUGGUAAAAGAUUCUAUGACAAAAGUAGCAUGGUGAAACACAUGAGAACACACACGGGGGAGAAACCUUUUAGUUGUACGCUUUGUGGUAAAAGUUACUCGUAUAAGACAAGUUUAACAGCCCACAUGUUGACACACAAUGGAGAAUAAAUAUUUUUUUUGCGGAUUUUGCUAAAAGAUGGUCAAAUCAUAGAAGUCACCUUUAGUGUGUGUAUACCACCAGAUGCCCUCAAGACUUGACCCAUGUUGAUACAAUACCUGGUAAAUAUCGUAUGUCUGAAAAUGUGCCUCAUUGUCUUUUAUUUCAAUAUGUCAGAUAUAAAAAAUACAUUUUGCUGUGAAACUUUAGUAAUAAAGUUUAUUUCAUCAAUCUGAGAACAGCAUCAUAUCAACGGGUGUCCCAAUUCCGAUAUGAUAUCUAUAUUGCAUAUAUAUAAUCUUCUGGCAGUAUCUACCAAUACGAAUAUGA